AUGUCUCGUUCUGCAUCCAAAUCUCCUCGCGAUCCCGCUCUCCCCCGUGCCCUUCAACCCGGCUCGCGUGCUGGGAGUCCCUCUCUGCAGCCUUUGUCUCCUGAGUCCCCCGCAUCCCCGUCGUCCCCUGAACCUGCGGCGACGGUGAACUCCGCUGAGUGGCGGUUUGGCAACGUCUCGCCUGUGCCCCCGGUCUCUGCUGUCGAGGGUGUGGCGACGGAGGCGGGUGUGAACGCGGGUGGCGUCGCGCUCCCUCUUCCGUUCGCCGGCGAAACCCCUCAGGAGGAGCUCUCGUCGAUUCGUGUUGCUCUCAUCGAGAUCGACCGCGAGAACGCCCAGCUUCGCGAACAGGCCGCUCGUGUGCGUGACCUCGAAGGCGAGAACCGCGGUCUUCGUCAGGAGGUCGGCAGCCUUCGCGAUGCGCUGUCCGUGGUGGAAGAUCAGCGCGAUGACGCCUCUCGUCGCCUCCAUGAGACGGAUCGGCGCCUCAACGUGCAACACGAGGAGCUGGUCGACGUCAAGCUCCAGCGCGAGAGUUACAUUCGCGAGCUGCACUUCGAGCGCGAGUACGUUCGUAACCUCGAGGCGGACAAGCGGCGUGUGCAGCUGGAGCUGGAGUCUGUCCGUAGGGAGGCCGUCGACGAGACGAAUCGCCUGAGCGCGCAAAUCCGCGAGCUCAUGGAGGAGUUGCGCCUCCGCGUUCCUCGUGCCCUCUACGAUCGUGUUCUUCGUCGUGCGCGCGAUGGCUUUGAGCGCCUUCGCGGUACUUACGGUCGCGUGUCUCCCAGCGCAUCCGCCCGCGCUACUUCCCCUCGCUCCCAAGGUUCUCGUGCCGGCGGGGCUGUCGAGCGUGCUGGCGGUCUGGCCGACGUUGAUUAG